AUAUUCAGUGUCCUUUCAACAUCUCUAUGCAUGAUUACAGCACCUAGCAAGAAAAAGCUAGAUAUUCCCAUAUGGUCACAGUCUCAGAAACAGACAAUCUUAAAACUGGGAGUGUGCAAAAGAUAGCCAGCUUUUUCUCUACCUUUUGCAGAUGACAGUAACACAAUGAACACAACAAAUUUUACAUAUUAAAGAACUCUCCUUGUGACAAGCCAGGAGAGAUAGAGAGAAUUACACUGUUUUUAGCUGGAAGUACUUUUGAGUCUCCCAAAGAAAUGUAACUGCAAGCAUUAAAGCUGGAAGAUUGAUGCUCUUGCUUGUUGGUUUUUACUCGGAGAAGUUGGGGGAGGGGGACCAUCUCUUGCCCUCAGCUUCUGCAUCUUUACUCAACCAACUAGCUUCUCACAUUUAAUGAACUAGCAGAGGGUUGUCUCUUAGCAUUAUAGCUUUUAGGUGCUUACAUUUUAGACUUGCGCAUUAUUUCCGAGAGAAAGUUAUCACUUUCUUCAGGGAAUUGUUAUGCUCUAAACAAAAGUAUAUAGAAUUCACAGACUGGUGGAUUUGUAGCCUUAGACUUCUGUCAUCCACUGUUUUUUAUGCUUAUUAAAGUUAACUGAAUCCAUCUUAGCUUUUAAAGGGUGGUUUGAAACUUUUACAACUAGUUCGAUCAGGGCAGGCGUUAGUUGGCAAAGACUAAUUAAGAUGUUGGCUUGACUUGUUUUCUUCUGUUCUCACGGUCCUGUACUGUACUUUCACCAGCUCUUUUUCUCUUCAUCUAUUUUAAGGGUUCCACAUAUUGGAACUCUUUGUUUCACCUCUCGCUCUCUCUCUCCCCAUUCCGAAUAUAUAUGUUCUGAUGUAUUCUUUCAGAAAUUUGUUUUACUUGCAGUUCUGGUUUCAAUUCUGCUUCUACAUAUUUGCACUCAACCGGGUUUCAUUUGGCUUGGUAUUGUUGGAUCUUUUUAUUUGUCAAUAGUUAUUCGCUUUAUAAUUAUGAACUUCAUUUGGUUGUAAUCUCUUGUCAUGCCUAAUAAUGCAGUACCUCUUUCUGGCUCUUGAUUCCAGUUGCUUUAUAUCCAAGUUAGGACAGAAUGCCACUUUAGAGCUGUAAGCCAGAUCUUGUGCGAGCCUGUGACCUUCUACUUGAUGAUUGUUGUCUUUCUUCUUGUUAUCAUGAAUGCAUGAGAAGUUGAUAACCCAAGUUGUAGUUCCUUCCAGGCUAGAUAUUGCCUUUUUUUGGCUUGCGAAGCCAAUAUUCUGGAAUCAAACCUGGUAUUUUGAGCUCUGACGCUUUCUUUGCUAUACCAUAUUGACCAUUUAAGUUAUAGAACUCUUCUCUUGAGUUGCAAAUCAAUACUUCUGUGCCUUCCUACUUUACUGGUAUUAUGGUUUCACAAGAUUCAUCCUCAAAUUCAGCUUCUAGCAUGCUACACCAAUUCAUUUUCUCGGACUCCAUUACUAGCCAAAACCAAUUUCAAAACCAGAAUUUUGAUGCUUUAGUUGGCAGUAACACAUUUCCUCAGUCUGAUGGUGUGUUGCCUAGCAUACAGUCUCUUGAGGAAAGAAUGUCUAGGUCGAUAGACCUUGUACAAGCUCCCUCAGUAGCGCAAGAAUCCGAGAUUAGCCACACAAGACACUUAAUGAAUCUUCUUGGAGCGGCAAAUGAGACCAAUCGUCAAGCUCAAAGGCUAUCACUGUCUCUUGGUUCUCACAUGCUUGUUCCUCAAGUUCAGUACAGGCAGAGAUCCUUUAACUCGGAUCUCAUGAGUCCUAGUUACUUAAUUCCUAGAGAAGAAGCAAGGGAAGCUUAUAAUCCUGGAGGUGAACAAGCAAACAACGACUAUUCUCUCAUUGGUAGUGGAUUUCCAUCAUCAUCAGCCUCGUUAAGUAGACGUUCUACUACUGCUUACGGAACAGAAUCUUUUGCUGUUGCUAUAGAGAAUUCAAGGUAUUUAAAGCCUGCUCAGUCCCUACUAGAAGAAACCGUGCAUGUAAGUUGCAAGGCAGUUGAAAUUAGCAAUGAAAAAUAUGUCCGAAGGUUAAUUCGUUGUAGAGGUUCUCUUGGACUUUCUUCUGAAUUAAAAGCAGAACUGUGGGGAAAUGGGUUUGUGCAAGCUGAGAAACACGAAGUCCAGCUUAAAAUUGCAAAGCUUAUAGCAUUGUUGGAGGAGGUUGAGGGAAGAUACGAGAAAUACUACCAUCAAAUGGAAGAAGUGGUAUCAUCAUUUGAGGAGAUGGCAGGUUUAGGAGCUGCCAAAUCUUACACAGCUCUAGCGCUCCAAGCCAUGUCCAAGCACUUCUGCAACUUAAGAGAUGCCAUAGUGUCCCAGAUCAAUGAGACAAGAAGAAAAUUCUCUCAAGAUUUACCAAGAACCAGCUCAGGAUUGUCACCACUUAGCUUUUUUGAUAAAGAGACCAAACAUAAUCGGAUGUCUCUUCAACAGCUUGGAAUGACGCAAAGCCAAAGGCAAGCAUGGAGACCCAUCAGAGGAUUGCCAGAGACUUCUGUAGCCAUCCUUCGCUCUUGGCUUUUUGAACACUUCUUGCAUCCGUAUCCAAAUGAAUCUGAGAAGCUAAUGUUAGCAUCGCAGACAGGCUUGACAAAGAAUCAAGUCUCAAACUGGUUCAUAAAUGCUCGAGUCCGGCUAUGGAAGCCUAUGAUAGAAGAAAUGUACAAAGUGGAGUUCGCAGAUUCUUCUGAAGACUCGAACCCCUUGCCUGGCAGUUCUUUCAUAACAACGGAAGGUGUAACAGAUCAUUCAGAAGACUGAAGGAAUAGGCAAUUAAAACUGAAAUAUCUGAGAACAGCCUGGAGCUGUGAUGUGAUUUUCAGGGAAAGCACAAGCUGCCAUGGGCCUGGAGCAUAUCUUGUACAACUAACACCAGUGUUUAAGCUACUUAACUUUUCAUGAUUAUUUUC